AUGGAGCGCCCGACGAUCAUGCUGGCGGCGCAGUUGACGCCCACGUGCUGCAACGACGACCAGACAGUCUGGUUCACCCUCGUCGGCAUCUACAUCGUGCUGCUGCUCAAGCUGUACGGGAACGUGGUCGAGGCGUCUCGCGCUCACUCCGCCUACUUCACGCACGAGCUCCUUCGAUGCAUCGCGGUCGUUCUCUCCUGCGGCAAGGUCGUGCGCCAUCUCAAUCUGAAGCUGAACCUUGAAGGCAUGGCCAUUCAUCCCGAAGAAGGCUCCGAGACGCACUUUGAAGACGGGUCGCCGGGCUUUGUCCUUUGGAUGGGCUAUCUCGGGACAAUGGCGUGGGGACUGCUUCAAAUGUGGGCCAGUCUCUACUACCUCCCGACGGUUGUCUGCACGAGCGUGACCCUCGGUCUUCUCGUGUGCUUCUUCCUCUGCGCCGACACGCGCUACCUCCGGCUGGUCAUAGCGCUCUCGUUUACCGCUCUCGUGGCGCUGCUCGCGUACGCACUCAGCACCCACUCGGCCGAUGUGUGA